AUGGCCACGUACAAACGCGAGGAUUUGCGGCGUGUAAGCUUUGCCAACCUAGACGAGCACUGUGAUGAGGGCAUCGUGUACGAGCUGUGCCUGCAGUUCGGGCGCAUCCAGAACAUUAGCUGGCCGACCGAGGUGAACAUUAACGGCAUGCCGCAGCGCGCCUCGCGCUGCUAUGUCGACUUCGAGAACGCCGAGGACGCCAAGUACUGCUUCGAGGCUCUCUACCGAGCGCGCGUGAAGCUGUUUAAUAAGGAGCUGCGCGUCUUUCACGCCAGUAACGAGCUGGCGCAGAGUGGUGCAGCGGGCUCGCCGAGAAACGGGGCGGCGGUGAUUGGCUUGCACGAGGUGGGGGCCAAGGUGGUGGUACGCAACAUCGAUUACCGCGUCACGGAGUUCGACGUGACGCGCUUCUUCGAGAGCUUUGGUCCGUUCGCUGCCCCGCCCCGCAUGCUGCGCGACUCCGUCGGCAACUUUCGCGGCGUUGUCAUUCUUUCGUACAAGACGUUUGAAGCAAGCGACCGUGUGAUUCGAGACAUGGACCAGAAGGUGUUCCGUGAUCGCGUCAUUUCGGUGCACUACGCACAGAUGGAGGACGGCAGCGGGCGGCUGCACGGCACGAAAGAGGAGCGCGCGAACGCGGCCCUCAUUCGCGAGGAGGAGAGGCGCUACCGUGAGAUGGUGGCCAAGGAGAUGGCGGAGGUGCGACAGGAGCGGCAGCAAAGUCGUGUGCGGGACGCGUCAUGGGCGGAGGUGAACGUGUACAGCCGCCCGCGUCGCUGA